GCCACGGCCGCCAUCUUGUUUCCCCGAGCCCGCGAAACCGUAAGCGAACUUUUAAAACAAAGUAAAGAAUGAUGACAUAGAAUGUAACAGUGACAAAAGUGCUGUGAAACCUGUGAUGAUGUGUCCGUUACUUUUCGUAUAUUUUAUUUUGGGAGUUUCAGUGCUUUUUCGAUGUACGGAUUCAGUUGAUCUCCCGCGGUUCGUGGGUCCGGGGUCGAACGUGACGGUGGCGCUGGGACGCGACGCCGCGCUCACCUGCCGCGUCGAUGACUUGCAGGGGUUCAAGGUGGCGUGGCUUCGCGUGGACACGCAGACGAUCCUGACGAUCGCAGGCCACGUGAUCACCAAGAACCACCGCGUGAGCGUCGCGCACGGCGACGGCUCGUGGACGCUGGGGCUGCGCGACGUGGCGCCGGCGGACGGCGGCCGGUACAUGUGCCAGGUCAACACCGAACCCAUGAUGAGCCAGACGCACGUGCUGCACGUUGUGGUUCCCCCCGACAUCGACGACGAGGCGAGUAGCGGUGAGGUGCUAGUGAAGGAAGGAGAAAGUGCGGCGCUGCGCUGCGUCGCGUCCGGCGUCCCGCCGCCCACCGUCACCUGGCGGAGAGAGGACUCGAGACACUUCAAGCUGAAUAAUAAGACUUCUGUAUCCAAACACAGCGGCGAAUGGCUGAAUCUGACCGACAUAGAGCGGGCGACGUCGGGCGCAUACCUCUGUAUAGCGACGAACGGGGUCCCGCCCUCGGUCAGCAAGAGGAUCCAGAUAAACGUCAUGUUCGCACCAUCCGUGUGGGCAGGACGAGUCGCAGUGCGAGCGCUGGCCGGCAGCGCGGUGUCCCUGCAGUGCACGGCCGAGGCCUUCCCCUCGCCCCAGGUCUACUGGGUGCUCAACGGCGAGCAAAAGCUGGUCAACAGCAGCAAGCAUCGACUGAGCCGGUCGUCCCGCGGCUACCGUCACGCCGUCACGCUGGUGGUGGACGACGUGACGCGCGCCGACGCCGGCUCCUACCGCUGUCACGUUGAAAACGCGCUGGGGAAAGCGCUAGCCGAGCUGUUCUUACACCUAUUAACUACAACGACAACGACGACAACAACGACAACGACAACAACAACCACGACUACAACGACAACACCACCGACGACAACGGUGAUCACAUUCGACGAGGGUCACCUGGAGCAGCUGCACCGCGGCGUGCUGGAGGACCCGGCGGUGGACCCCUACAUCGUGCUCAGCCAGCACCAAAUGCAGAACCUUGAAAUGGUGACAACAAUUUGACCGGAAGUCCGGGGGCGCGGCGAGUCCCCGUGGUCGGACGGCUGGCCCCCGCUCACGGACGCGAGCCCCCGCUGGAGCCCCCUGCUGGGUCUGAGCCCCGUUCUGGGCCUGUGGGCUGUGCUAGCCCACGCGUGACCGGCCUGAACUGUGUGUGAAUAAGGUUGUUAAGACUCAGUAAAAUACGUGUUGAAGUCAAAAAUCUAUCGUUAAAUGUGCUGUGGAUCGCACUAAUCUGUUUGCCCUAGCUGUACAAUUGUGCACUGAAGAAAUAGUGACUUUAAUAUUUUUAAUAAACAAAUAAUUUUGUAAGAUUCCGUGGAAAUCUGUUUCAAGGGCUUUUAAACAGCCUUGACAACCACAGAUCAAAUCUUCAUUUGAUCUGUGGUUUUAAACGUACUCUUAUACAUAAGAUUAUUAUUUU